AUGGAUGAUUCUGGGCUCAUUAACAUCAGAGAAGGGGAAGGUAUCAGAAUAGAGGAGGGAGGGAGGGAAGGGACAUUGGCUGUCUCCAACUUUACCCCAACCAAGAUUCUGAUUUGUUUCCCCCUAGAAGGCUCAGACGGUAGAGAACCCGCCUGCCGUGCAAAAGACCCGGGUUUGAUCCCUGGGUUGGGAAGAUAUCUUGGAGAAGGGAAUGGCAACCCACUCCAGUAUUCUUUCCUGGAAAAUCCCAUGGACAGAGGAGCUUGGCAGGCUACAGUCCGUGAGGUCUCUAAGAGUCAGACACGACUGAGCAACUAA